AAAUCGUCCUCACCAGAAUUUCAUUGCAGAGAACUUUCUUAAGUAAAGAAAACUUGAAGAAAAGGCCAAAAUGAGUCUUACUGGAAAGGACAAGACCGUGGUGAAGGCUUUCUGGGAAAAGGUGGCCGCUAAAUCUCCUGAGAUUGGAGGCGAGGCCCUGGGGAGAAUGCUGACCUCAUAUCCGCAAACCAAGACCUACUUUUCCCACUGGUCUGAUCUGAGCCCUGAAUCUCCUCAAGUGAGAAAGCAUGGAGCAACCAUUAUGGGAGCCAUCGGAGAAGCCGUCGGAAAGAUUGACGACCUUACAGGGGCGCUGUCCAAGCUCAGCGAGCUGCAUGCCUUCAAGCUUCGCGUCGACCCUGCCAACUUUAAGAUACUGGCACACAACAUCAUCUUGGUGAUGGCCAUGUACUUCCCUGGAGAGUUCACCCCAGAAAUCCAUGUCUCCGUUGACAAGUUCUUGAACAACCUGGCUCUGGCUCUGUCUGAGAGAUAUCGCUAAAACCUGGCGAUCCUGGAGCAUCGACUGCAUACGUCACCCAAAACAAUACGAGCACCACCUUUAACCUUAAGGGCUUGGUGAAUAAAUCGAAUAAAUAAUAA